AUGACUGCCAAUCCCAAACCACAGUCCAUUCUGCAAGGCCAAUACUGGGGACGUCUCACGAUGGACCAGUGUAGCGCCAGAGCCGACCUGCCUGGUGAACCUUCUGGGGUUAAUUCAAGUGGUAUGAGCGGUCAGGCAUCGGCUGUGACCAGUUCGUCUGAUACCAUCACCCCUGCUCCUUCGAGGGAUGCCAUUGAGCCCGGCGCAGUAGACCCUGGACUCACGUGGUGCGCCAAUAGCCUGAGACUGGCGGACGCAAAUGGCCGAGUAGACCAUCCGCCACAGGUGACUUUCAUCACGGCCUCUGCGCCAUCGUCCGAGACCUUGUGA